AUGCUCCCCACCAGAAAAGGAACAGAAGCUCACGACUGGCAUUUGGACAUGCAGCUGACCAGCAAGGUGGUGCUGUCUGCAGCUGCGCUGCUCCUGGUAACCGCGGCUUACAAACUCUACAAGUGCAGGCUUGCCCCAGCCGGGCAGGCGGGGAGAAAUAACAAGGGUCACAAAGCAGAAAAUGAAACAGAGGGCUUGGGACAACCUGCCUUCCAGGAGGCUCCGCCGGGGACCCUGCCAAGGGGUCCAAGACGCAGAAAACCCAGCAAGGGGGCUGGGGCCCCACUGGACUACAGCUUGGAGGAUCCAGAAGACUCCUGCAUUCUGGACACUUUCAGGUCUGGAGAGUCCAUAAGAAAAGGCUCUGAGGAAAGUCAGGGCAGGCAGCAGCGUCCAGACUCUCAACAGCUGUCUCCUCCCUGCGGUGGCCAGGAAGCCGGAAGAGAUGUUAGAGGUAAGUCCAACCCUCCCCACCUCCCUCAUUCAGGCUGUGAACCUACAAGCUCCCCAUCCAGGCUUGUCCCAGGAGUGGGUGGCAGCUGUGUGGGUGACAAGCUCUCUCCAUGGCCAGACGGCAGACCCCCAGAGGAAACAGGGUCUGGGGACCCGGAAGCCCUCAGCUGUUGGACGGAUCCCACACUGGUCAACGGUGACAUGAAUCAGAGCUGGAUCUUCACCCAUGUGACAGGGGUCAGCAAGGGAGAGGCCGGGGCCCUCCAGGCUGCUGCAGACAUGGGCUUAGCCACGCAGCAGCAGGAAGGAGCCACCAAUGCCUCCCAUACCUUCUCAUCUGUGGCCCGGAUCCGGAUGGAAGAAAAUAUUAUACAGAAAGCAGAGGGACCAGAGCUGAAGGGCAGAGUAUACGACUACUUUGUGGAGUCCACAUCGAAAGCUGUCUCCAGGCCAGUCCCCUGCACAGCAACUUUGGCUGAUGCGCCACCCCCUGCGCCUGGACCAGAGCCCCUUGUCACAGGAGUAGCCUCCAGAGACCAAGAUGAGUCUGAAGUAGCAUCCCCGAAGCCUGUACCACCCGCCUCUGCACCAGGCUUCAGCAGAAAGGUGAGCCUCCUGCAGAUUGCUGAGAACCCAGAGCUCCAGCUGCAGCCAGAAGGCAUCAGGAUGCCCCUUCCUGCCCACCUGGACCAGAGAGCCCAGCUCAGUUCAGCCUGCAAACAUGGGGAGCCCCAUGUGCGGCUUGUAGCUGGGACCAAUUUCUUCCACAUGCCGCUCACCCGCGCUUCAGCUCUGGAUGUCCGCCUGGACCUGGGCAAUUGCUACGAGGUGCUGACCUUGGCCAAGCGGCAGGGCCUAGAGGCUCUGAAGGAGGCGGCCUACAAGGUCUUGAGUGAUAACUACCUUCAGGUUCUCCGCAGCACAGACAUCUAUGGAGGCCUGAGCGGAGCAGAGCGAGAGCUGAUCCUCCAGCGCAGGUUCCGCGGCCACAAGUGCCUGGUGGUGGCAGACAUGUGUCCUCAGGAAGACAGUGGCCGCCUCUGUUGCUAUGACAAUGUGCAGGAUGUUUGGCACCCGCUGGCCCAGCUACCCCAGGAGGCCAUGUCCCGGGGUUGUGCUCUCUGUACCCUAUUCAAUUAUCUGUUUGUGGUAUCUGGCUGCCAGGGACCUAGGGGCCAGCCCUCCAACCGCGUCUUCUGUUACAACCCCCUGACGGCAAUCUGGAGUGAGGUGUGCCCACUGAACCAGGCCCGGCCUCACUGCCGGCUGGUGGCCCUGGAAGGUCACCUCUAUGCCAUUGGAGGUGAGUGUCUGAACACAGUGGAGCGCUACGACCCUCGCCUGGACCGCUGGACCUUUGCCCCACCACUCCCAAAUGACACAUUUGCCCUGGCACACACAGCCACGGUGUGCGCCAAUGAAAUAUUUGUCACCGGGGGCAGCCUGCGCUACUUGCUGCUCCGAUUCUCAACCCAAGAACAGCGUUGGUGGGCAGGCCCCACUGGGGGCAGCAAGGACCGCACGGCCGAGAUGGUGGCUGUCAACGGCUUUCUCUACCGUUUUGAUCUCAACCGCAGCCUGGGUAUCAGCGUGUACCGCUGCAAUGCCAGCACCCGGCUCUGGUAUGAGUGUGCUACGUACCGCUUGCCUUACCCGGAUGCCUUCCAGUGCGCCGUGGUGGAUGACCGUAUCUAUUGUGUGGGACGCAGGCGCAUGCUCUGCUUCCUGGCGGACCACAUCUCGCCCAGGUUUGUGCCUAAGGAGUUACAGGGUUUCCCUUCUGCACGGGGCACCCUUCUGCCUGCCGUCCUGACCUUACCUGUCCCUGAUGUGCCUCAGACCCCUGUCUAGCAGUCCUUCCUCUGGGCUCCAACAGGAUUCAGAGAAACUCCCUGCCCAUCACUCUGGGUAAGAGGCAGGCAAGAACAUGGCCUGCGGUGGAGUGGAAAGUUGUCUUUCCUCCACCACAGGCUACAGGGCCUUGGAGGAUUCUUUAACAGCCAUGCUGCAGGCCUACUACAACAUUGAAGCUAGAACCUAGCAUCCCGGGACAGCUGGCGCCCCACAACUGCAUGAGUGACUGACCCAGCGCGGUGCUUCAUAUCAGAAUUCCCAGCAGGGGCUAUUUCAGGACCCCACAGAAAUGAAGGGCCACAGUCUUAUCCCAAUCACAGUUCCAGGGGCCAGGGUACUUCCAGGGGACCUCUCAAGCUGGUUGGCUUUCAGCGAGCUACCACAGACCACCUUCCUAAACAAUGGUCUCACCAACUCCUAAGCACCGAGGCCCACCUUAGAAGCUUCUAGAAGCAUCUGGAGCAUAGGUGGAAAGAACUGAAGAAGGAGGUUUGGGCAGGAGCUCAGGAUAGCCCUGAGAUUUGGCGAGGACAGGCACUGUUAAAGCUAAAGGCAUCCACAGAAGCACUGUGUGCAGAGGACACAAGUUUUGUGGAAAGGCGUCCAUCUUGGCAGGAGUUCUAUUUGCAUAUUAAUCUUUGCACAAUUGAUGUCUUGGGAAGCAGGGUGCAGAUGCGGUUCCAGGUUUUCUAGACCCCUGCCACGCCUACCACCACCUGACCUCAAUAGACUCCCCAGUUCAGAAUCGUCACUGCCUGGGCAGGGCAGCCACCACUCUUCAGCUCAUCCGUGUGACCGUCUCUGUGUCUGUCUGGUGACCAUCUCAUUUGCUAAGUUGGAAGAGAAGGAAUAAGGAGACGCAGGUCCAGGAUGGAGCUAUGGAGUGGGAAGAUUCUAGCGGAGCAUCCAGGCCCUCAGUCUUUCACAUCAAAGGGGACCCAACUUCCAGGAAGAAAGGCAGAGACCCUGGUCCACCCUGUUAUCCUGCCUACUAAGGCCUUGCUCCAUUCUGAGGGAGACAAAGAAUGUCGAGAGAAAAGGGAUGAUGUUCUUGAGGCCAGUCAGGAACCAGGGGGUGCGAGUGGCAGUCAGGCAAGGCCUGACAAGCGGGUAGAUGACAAGAAUCUGGACACUGCCUCUUGAAAAACCUUCCCAGAUCCCAAGGGUGGCCAUGCAGCUGGGGCACUUUUUGGAAGGUUCGGAUUAGGUUGUAGAACAAGGAGGAGUUUUGACGUGGAGAUAAGGAAAGAGUGCUUGUUGAAUCACACAAGGUGACUAUCCCUGGCCAAAGGCCUGGAGGAGGAACUAGCUGAACACAAUUGAAUUGAAAGCUGAGCAAGAAAGGCUGUCUGGGCCAUGGUGGGUUUCCAGGGAGUGAAUCCUGGCCCCUGCUCC